ACAUCUCUGCCGAGCGGCUGGAAACCAACUCCUGCAGCCGAGGAACAGUUCAGUGUGUCGGAUAUAAAGAGUCCCUGGAGCCGCUGGGAGCCGUGCGUGUGCGUGUGCGUGUGGAGCCGUGCGUGUUUGUGCCAUGUUGUUCUGACGGAUUACACCUGCAGCUCCUCCCUGAAGCAGGAUGAACGGGUAUGAACCUCCGUCUCUCGCCUCGGGCAUCUUCAGUUCCUACGACGACCAGAAUGGUCUGGACUCGCCUGAAGCUCCCCAACAUAAAGCCAAGUCUGGUGCCAAAGCUCUGUACGAACAAAGAAAACAUUACACCAAAAACAGCAUCAACAGCCUGACGGACACGUCGCAGUACCAUGUGGAGCAUCUGACGACGUUCGUGUUGGACCGUAAAGACGGGAUGAUCACCGUGGACGACGGGAUCCGCCGGCUCCGCCUGCUGGACGCUAAAGGGAAGGUGUGGACUCAGGAGAUGCUGCUGCAGGUGGAGGAGAAGACGGUCAGCCUCAUCGACCACGAGAUGAAGAACGAGUUGGAGAACUUCCCGGUGGGGACGAUCCAGCACUGCCAGGCGGUGAUGAACGCCUGCAGCUACGACUCCAUCCUGGCGCUGGUGUGUAAAGACUCGGGUCAGACCAAAGCCGACCUCCACCUGUUCCAGUGUGAUGACAUCAAGGCGAAUCUGAUCCAGGCGGACAUCGACAGCGCCAUCAUCGAUGCCAAAGGCGGGAAAGUGAAGAAGAGGCCGGAGACGCUCAAGAUGAUCCUGAAGAGUGACGGCGCCAUCCCCCCGCCCCCCGCUGCUCCCGCCCCCGAGCCCCCGGCGACGGCCAAUCAGGUGGAGGUGAAGAGCCGAGCGGCCGCCUGGUCGGCCUGGACCAAUGAGCAGCAAGACUACGAGAAGCAGCGACGUCUGCUGGACGAAGACGGAGCGCUGGAGAUGACGGCCGGCCGCGUGGACCGAGACGUGCAAAUCCUGAAUCACAUCCUGGACGACAUCGAGUUCUUCGUCACCAAACUGCAGAAAGCUGCCGAAGCUUUCAACGAGCUCAGCAAGAGGAAGAAGACCAAGAAAGGGAAGAAGAAAGGUCCAGGAGAGGGCGUUCUCACUCUGCGCUCCAAACCGCCCGGUGAGGACGAGUUCGUCGACUGUCUGCAGAAGUUCAAACACGCCUUCAAUCAGCUGGGGAAAUUGAAGGAUCACAUCCAGAACCCGAGCGCUGUGGAGUUGGUCCACUUCCUGUUCAACCCUCUCAGGAUGGUGAUCCAGACCGGCGGAGUGGAUCUGGCCCGCAGCGUUGUGGUUCCUCUGCUGACCAGAGAAGCCAUCGACUUCCUUCACAUGACGGGGUCGGCGGAGGAGAGGCACCUGUGGGUGACGCUGGGAGAAGGAUGGACCAAAUGCAGGUUGGAGUGGCCAAAGGAUCAUUACUUCCCCCCCUGUGUGCUGAGGUUUCGGGACGGCUGGGAGCCUCCAGCGUUGCCGCCGGCGACCCAAGAGCUGGACCUGAGUCAGCUGACCGAGAGCCUCGCCAACGCCGACAUCCAGAGACAAGAGGAGCUGAGGAUGCGAUUGGCUCAGGAGCAGUCGGGGGUGCAGAGGUUCCCUCCUGCAGACGGGUACGCCUUCAGCUCCGCCUACAAACGCAUGCAGAUCCUGGACCAGGACUCGGCCAUGGCCGCCUUCAAGCAGGCCAUCAGCCGCCGAGUGGACCGGAGCUUUGACGGUGACAGCAGAGGCCAAUCAAAACUGUUUGCCAAAUCCAAAUACGACUUCGUGGCGAGAAACAACACGGAGCUGUCGGUGCUGAAGGACGAGGUCGUCGAGGUGAUCGACGACAGGAAGCAGUGGUGGAAGGUUCGUAACGGCGGCGGGAUGAUCGGCUACGUACCGAACAACAUCCUGGAGGUUACGAAAGCUGUGGACAUAACGGGCCGAGGAGAACCGAUCUACAGCCACACUAUCCAGAAACAGACAACGAGGACGGACUUCAUCCCCAGUAAACCGGCAGCGGCUCCGAUGCCGGCGGCUCCUUCGCCUCCUCCGGCGCCCGCCAGGCUCCCGACGCCGCCGCUGCCUCCUCCGGUCGCCGAGCCCCCCCGACCCAAAGCCAGCAGCAGCUCCGUGAGCCGGCAGAACAGCUCCACCUCCAGCGACAACGGCAGCGUCGCUAUGAGAGACCAUAGCAACCAGAGACCCGCCAUCAGCCGCAGGAAGUCCAACAUGGAGGAAGUUCAGGACGAGCUGAUGCACAGACUGACGCUCGGUCGCAGCGCUCAGAAGAAGUUUCCCGCUUCGUCUCGCAGCAGCAACAACCUGCCGUCCCUCAACAUCUCGUACGACUCGACUGCUGACGACGUCAAAGGCUGGCUGGAGGCCAAAGGCUUCAGCCCUGUCACCAUCACCAGUCUGGGUGUUCUGACCGGCGCUCAGCUCUUCUCUCUGAACAAAGAGGAACUGAAGACGGUUUGUCCCGACGACGGCGCUCGAGUCUUCAGUCAGGUGACCGUCCAGAAGGCGGCGCUGGAGAAGAGUUCAGGCUCUGAGCUCCAGCAGAUCAUGAGGAGGCGGCAGGAGAAACUAGCAGCCAGCACCUGUGAUUCAGGGGUGGAGUCUUUUGAUGAAGGCAGCACCCACUGAGCUCUUCCUCCUCCUCUUCCUCUUCCUCUUCCUCCUCCUCUUCCUUUUCCUUCCUCUUACUUUAUUUUUAUUUCUUUUCUCGCUGUCUCUCUCGCUCUCUUCGACCCUCAGGCGGCGGCUGACCACGCAGAGUUCGUGGAGAUCAUGCGGCGCCGGCAGGAAAUCCUCAGCUCGUCUCCAUAGCAACGCCCUCACCAGAUAAUCUGCCACGUUUUGCCUGAAUGAAGCUCAUGUGAACACUUCUCUGGGAUUCUGGGUGAUUUUUGUCUUUUUGUUUGAACACAAAGUGAAGAUCAGCUGCUCAGUAAAACAAACCUCUCAGUAUUAACGUAGCACGGCGGCUAAUGUUCGUUAGCUUCAGUUUGAGCUGCAGAUGAGUUUUCAUCACAUUGGAGUCGCAGCGAUCAGCAGCGAGAACGUUUGAAGGUAUUUUAGGAUCCUCAAAGACUCUGAAGCGUGAGGACGUGAGAAGGAUCGGUGGAAUAAACGAUGGAAAAGAUUUGAACCUGUUUCCAAAGUUGUAAACAACCAAAAACAAACUUUAAAUGUAUUAAUUUAAUUAUCCUGAAACUUCUCGUCUCUGAACACGUGAAAACGACCUGGUAAUAAAACUUUUGUCUCGUUGCAAGUUGUGAAACAGAUUAGAAAUCAUUUGAGUCGUAAAGCAGAAACAUUUAACCUUUGACCUCGUUGGAGCUGCGAUGACAUCAUCACAAACCAGUUAGAGCCGUAACCUUGGAAACGGACGGUAACAUCAGAGCAUCGUGUCUACAGGGAGAAGUAGGACAGUGUUUAGUGAAAACUCGGAAAUUCAGACUUCCGAGUUAAAAAAACCCGGAAAGAUUUUAGGAACUUUCUUCUGGAUGAUUUAUGAGCACAAAACAUCUUAUUCCAUAUUUAAUAUAUAUAUAUAUAUAAUAUUUAAUAAUCAGAAUAAUGUUUCUAUCUUCGUAUAUUUCAGGUUUCUAAAGUCGAGUCUUUGUGGAUUCUUUAAAUAUCUUCAGAGUUUUUAAAGGUUUGAACUUUGUGACUUUAAUGUGACGUAAAAAUCUGCAGCUGCUAAAUAAACUGAGUCCUUCACAAUAAAAGCGUAGUCCUUCACAAUAAAAGCGUAGUGACUGUCGGCCUGAAUAGAUUUAGAGACUGAUGAAUAUAAAUGUACAUGUUGAGAUUUUUGGGGGAUAAAGAGAAAUAUUAUAUUAUAUUCUUUUUUCUUUUUUUCAAUGUUUAUUCCAAAAGUUGAAAUAAUAAAUAUAUAAAAUAAUAAAAAUGAAUCAUGUGAAAAAGCAAAGAAGGGAAAAUGAUGUCCUUGAAAUGAAGAAGAUGUUUAUUAUAAUGUUUAAUUUAUGAGCCAGCAGUGAUUUAGAGUUAGAGACGUAAUUUGAUUGAUUGAUUUUUUUGGCGAUCAGCAUUUUUUGCACAAUAAGGAGAAAAAUCAGUUUAGUGUUUAAAUCAUUUUCUGCUUCAGUCACUUUUACUCCAGCGCUAGAUUAAAGUUACAGUUUCAUGUUAAAUUAAUAUAAUAAUAAUAAUAAUAAUAAUAAAUCUGAACCCUUAAACAGGAAGCAGGUUAAAUAUAAACUUAAAUAUAAAU